CAGAGGUUAAUAUUAGGCCAUGGACGAAUACGUUGAAGGACAUAAAAGAAGGUAAUAAGAGGAUCAAAUGGAAAGACAGAGCACCCUAUGCAUAUUGGAAAGGGAACCAGACGUUGCUGGUACCAGAGGAGAUCUUAUGAAAUGCAAGCCCUCUAAACAAAAUGACUGGAAUGCACGUUUAUACAUUACGGUAGAUUCCUUCACUUCAUCUAUAUAUCUUCUACUACCAGUAAAUGUUUUUGAUUUCACUUGUAGAUUUCUUAAUUAAUUGCAUCAAGUUCUCAAUUUUAGAGAUGGGACAAAGAAAAGACGAUGAGGAUUCAAAGGAUCAAAUCUGGAGGACCAAUGCACCCACAGGUAUAAGAUAUACAUAGAGGGGGUGGCAUGGUCCGUGAGUGAAAAGUACAUUCUAGCCUGUGAUUCCAUGACAUUGUAUGUGAAAUCUCAUUUCUUUGACUUCUUCAGUAGAGGGUUAGUUCCGUUACAGCAAUAUUGGCCCAUCAGAGACGACACCAAGUGCCCCUCUCUAAAGUUCGCCGUUGAAUGGGGCAACAGUCAUCCUGACAAGGUGGAGGUCAUCCGGAAGGCCGCCGUCCAGUUCAUUCAAGAGGAUUUGAAGAUGGAUUAUGUGUACGAUUACAUGUUUCAUUUGUUAAACGAGUACGCGAAGCUGCUCAAAUUCAAGCCGGGAGAUCCGGAGGGAGCGGUGGAGCUUUGUCCAGAAAGAAUGGCGUGUCCUGAAACUGGAAAGUGGAGGGAAUUUAUGGAAGAGUCACUGGUGACAUCUCCUAGCAAUUCAAUUCCAUGCACCCUGCCUCCCGCUUACGAUGCUACAGAGAUGCAAGAAUUUCUUGAGAGCAAAGCUAACGCAACCAGGCAAGUGGAGAUGUGGGAAAAGGAAUAUUGGGAUCACAUAAAUUUACAGCUUGUCCAAGGACCUUGGCCUUCCCGGUUUGGACUGGUUUCGUCUCAAAGUCAACAUUUCCUCGCUGCACUCCUUUCCGAUGAGGAAUUCAUCAACAACUUUUCAUCGGAAAGCUCGAGACGGCUGGCAAACCGAUAUCGUUUACUUACCAAUGAACUAAUAAGGGCAGGGGUCUUUUUCCUGGAAAGUAAUGCGGGGCUGUUCUUCUGGAUGGAUCUGCGCCCGCUUCUUAUGGAACAAACUUUUGACGCAGAACUAGAGCUGUGGCGGGUGAUUGUCGACGACGUUAAACUCAACGUCUCGCCUGGAUCAUCGUUCCAUGGGUUGGAGCCAGGGUGGUUCAGGGUGUGCUUCGCAAACAUGGACGACGAAACUGUGUAUGUUGCUCUGGAAAGAAUCCGGGCGUUUGUGCAAACACAGAAAACGGUACAACCGCGAAGCUUCUCUCGUACAACCUACGAAGAAAAUAUCACAUGCACUCCAAGUACAACCUACGAAGAAAAUAUCACAUGCACUCCAUCAGAGAAAAUGAUAUUGGAAAUUAUAUCAUAUUUUUUUACCAUUAUCUCUAUAAUUUAAGAAGUUUAAAUUAUUUAUUUGUUUUAAGUUAUUAUCAUUUAAAUUCGAUUAAAUAAAAUUAAUUAAUUAUU